AUCCCUAACCCCCUCCUCCCCUCCCCCAUCCCCCGCCCGCUCCCCCGGUCCCGGGAGGAGCCGCAAGCCAAGAUGUCCCGGUCCAACCGGCAGAAGGAAUACAAAUGCGGGGACCUGGUCUUCGCCAAGAUGAAGGGUUACCCGCACUGGCCUGCCCGGAUUGAUGAGAUGCCAGAAGCUGCAGUCAAAUCCUCCUCCAAUAAGUACCAAGUCUUCUUCUUCGGGACCCAUGAAACGGCAUUCCUGGGGCCCAAAGACCUCUUCCCCUACGAGGAGUGCAAGGAGAAGUUUGGAAAACCCAACAAGCGGAAAGGGUUCAGCGAAGGUUUGUGGGAGAUUGAGAACAACCCCACGGUCAAAGCCUCCGGUUACCAGCCCACCCAGAAGAAGAGCUGCCCCGAGGCGGCCGAGCGGGAGCCGCAGGGAGACGGGGAGAAGAAAGGCAACGCGGAGGGGAGCAGCGAUGAGGAGGGGAAGCUGGUGAUCGACGAGCAGUCCAAGGAGAAGAACGAGAAAGCCGGGAUCAAGAGGAAAGCAGAAGAUGCUUUGGAGGACUCCCCCAAACGCCCCAAGGAUGCAGAGGGGCAGGAAGGGGACAAGAAGGUGGACAACGAAGAGGCCCCCAAGGAGGAGCCCAAAGCCAACCCGAGCGAAGGGGAGAAGAACAGUGACACUGCCGACGCACCAGACACCAACGAAGCCAAGCAGGAGGGCAAGGAGGAGGUCAGAGACCACAAGGAGAGCCUGUAGCGGCUUCCCCGGCGAGCUGAUCGUUCCCUGCCGGCUCCUGGCUGCUGCCCCGUGUCGCCCGCGCCGGCUCGUCGCGUCUGGAGCUCUGGACGAGAGAAACCACCCCAAAAUGAAAUUUCAAAAGGAAAAAAAAAAGAAAAAAAAACUACAAAAAGAGAGAGGAAUGGCAGAGCAGCCCGGUACUGACCCCGAGUGCUCCGUGCCUGCCCUGCCGUGGGCGCACGCUUUGUAUUAGUGAUUCCUCGGGGCUGAGCAGUUGAUUUGAAAUAAAAGCGAAUCUUGCCUUUUUAAA